AAUAUAUAAAGCAAAAUGUACAAACUCAUUUAUAUAAGAGUCGGUUCUCUGGUCUCUCAUAACUAUAUGGCUCAUAACUCUUAUAAGGGUCAAUUCUUAAUGCAACAUUUUGGCAUUUGGCCGAAAAAUUCAUGCGGUACGUUACUGUUGAUUGGCCAGGGAAAAAAAAAACUAUAGAGUGUCACUGUCUAAAUUGACCACAAAGCAACAGCAGCUUUUCAAAGAUAAGAGGUCGAUCUGGUGAAAUGACCGAGAAGAUUUCCAAUGUUGACGACGAUCUUCACAUUCCGUACUAUGAAGUUCCUCCUACGUACGAAGAAUUUUUAGAAAAUCACCUUAUUCCCAAUAAGCCUUGCAUUAUUGGCCCUGCUUUCAUCGAUAAUUGGAAGGCUAGAAAAGAGUGGAUUGUGCCUGUGGAUAAUUUAGAUGAAGUAGCCGAGAAUAUCCGACCCAAAUAUAAACCUAACUAUCAAUAUAUGCGGAAGCAUUUUGGAAGCGCUGAAAGUCAAGUCGCUAAAUGUAACCAACGUCAUUUCACGGAUCAGUGGAGAGAGUCCAUGUCCUUUGAACAAUUUGCAGAUCUAUGGGAAGCCGAUGACGGUAAAGAGUCUCUCUGGUACUUUAAAGACUUUCAUAUGAUGAGAACGUUUCCAGACGACAAGUUUUAUAAAGUUCCCAACCUAUUCGAAGAUGAUUGGCUCAAUGAAUAUUGGUUACAGAAAGGCGAUGAUGAUUAUAGAUUCUCUUAUAUUGGAGGACAUACAACGUUCACGCCUCUUCAUGCUGAUGUUCAUAGAUCUCAUUCCUGGUCAAGCAAUAUUUGUGGUGUAAAGAAAUGGACGAUGUUUCCACCAAAUCAAGAAGAGUGUUACAAAGACAAAUAUGGAAAUCAAGUAUAUGAUGUCCGUCACGUUGACCCAGACCAGUUUCCUCGUUUUAAUGAAGCACGCAGAGUCGUCAUCUAUCAAAGAGAUGGCGAAACCAUGUUUAUUCCUUCUGACUGGUUCCAUCAAGUGGAGAACAUUGGCGCUGCUAUAUCACUCAAUCACAAUUGGAUUAACGCAAACAAUAUUAUGCAUACUUACCGCUCACUCAAGAAGGAUUAUGACGACUGCAGGAAAUCCAUUGAGGAUAUUCAAGAGAGUGUGGACGAGGCCGAGUUUCUCCAAGAAUGUCAGAAAUUACUGCUUAUGCAUGCCGGAUGGAACUGGCGUACAUUUUUGUCCAUGCUUUCCUGCGUCGUCAAGAAUAGAUAUAAUGCUUUAGUUGUAGGCAAAGAGCUAUCGAAGAAUCAACCUGACUUGACGUAUCAGAUGGAUAAGAUAGAAGAAGUCUUGGACAAAUGGUUUGAAGAUGAAGGUGGUGAUCUCGUAAAGUACUUCAAGGCUGAAGAUGAUGUGCUGUAUGAUGAGUACCAAGAUUUGAAGCGAAAUAUAACCAAGAUACGCGAGCUUCACGCGCUGAACCAUUCAUAGAUGUCUACAACAACCACUUCAUCAUUCCCAAAUAGAACACAUUUUAUGGCUACUGUGUCGCCAAUGUCAAAAGCUAUACAAUAGCGUUUUUAUUGUAGACAUUAUCAGAAAAUACUUUAUGUCUUUAAGAGCUAC